AUGGACUUCCCUAGUGGUUACUCUCUCGACUUUGUUGAUUUCAGUCCUGCCUCAAUGGAAUUCUUCCCCAGUGGCUACUCAUUUGAACCCGACGAAGAACAACUCAUCCUGGACUACCUAAACAAAAAAGUCGCAGAACCGAGUUUGAGAGUCUCUUCUUUUAUCAAAGAAGUUGACAUCUACUCUUUUCAUCCAACCGAGUUUCUUGCAUUCACAGAUGAUUGCAGCCGCAAGAAUUAUUACUUUUUCACACAGAGGAAGAGGAAGCAUCAACAGGGCUCAUCUAGGGCAAGUCGACAAGCUAAAGAUGGAUCCGUGUGGAAAGCUACUAGCGGACAACAGCCUGUCAAUGAUUCCAAAUCUAAUACACCUAUUGGUCUUAAGACAACUCUUGUCUAUUUUGAGAAUAAAAAUGGAAUCAAGGCUAAAACCAAUUGGAUCAUGCAUGAAUUCCAAACUCUUCUGGAAACACCCAAUAAAUGCAUCCAGAGGAAGAGGAAGCAUCAACAGGGCUCAUCUAGGGCAAGUCGACAAGCCAAAGAUGGAUCAGUGUGGAAGGCUACGAGUGGACAAAAGCCUUUCAAGGAUUCCAAAUCAAAUAAAACUAUUGGUCUUAAGACAACUCUUGUCUAUAUUGAGAAGAACAAACAAGGAAUCAAGGCUAAAACCAACUGGAUCAUGCAUGAAUUCCAAACUCUUCUUCAAGAAACACCUACUACUACAACCAACAAGUUGUAUGACUGGGUAAUAUGUAGAAUACAUGAGAGGGUGCAGAAGAAAGCUGCUCAACACCAAGAGAAUGAAGUUCUUAUAACUAUUGAUGAUGAAGAAGAUGGAGUGCAGGUAGAAGACAUUAAUGAUCAAUAUGGUUUCAACAGUUCUAUGGAUGGAUGUUUAGGGGAAAGGAAGGAAGAUGAAGAUCACGGAAAACAGAUUGCAGAAUUUUAUGAAGUUCUCAAUGCAAACAUCAGCUCGGAACAGUAUAUGUCAUUGGGACUUGAAGAAGAAGAUGGUGAAGUUGGUCAUGGUUUGAACAAUUCUAUGGAUGGAUGCAUAGGGGAAAGGAAAGAACAAGAUGAAGUUCAUCAGAAAGAGCUCGAAGAACUACAUCAACUUCUCGAUGUUUAUAUGGAAAAUCUUAUGCCCUCCGAUUUCAUGCAAUUACCCUGUUGA